ACGCGACGGGCGCCGCCGCCCGCCCGUCCCGCAUCCGACGGCCCCGCGCGCCCCCCGCCGCGUGCCUCGUCACCCUCCCUCCCGCUUAUUUACUGCUCUGCUGCGUGCUGCCUCUCCGUACCCACGCGGCCGCGCCCACCGCGCCUCCUCCUUCGCUCGGCGCCCCACGAGAUCGGAAUCGUGCGCACCCUCCGCCAUGGCGCCGUCUCUGAUUGGGGGAUUCACCAAGUCGCUGGCCAUGACGGUGCUCUCCGAGAUCGGGGACAAGACCUUCUUCGCCGCCGCGAUUCUGGCCAUGCGACAUCCCAGGAAGCUCGUCCUGGCAGGCUGCCUGACCGCAUUAAUAGUGAUGACAGCUUUGUCAGCUUCUCUAGGUUGGGUUGCACCAAAUCUGAUAUCACGCAAAUGGACUCAUCAUGUGACAACUCUGCUGUUCUUUGUAUUUGGCCUUUGGUCAUUGUGGGAAGGCUUCAAAGAAGACGGAGAUUCAGAAGAAUUGGCUGGAGUGGAAGCAGAGCUGGAUGCUGCCUUCAAGAGUAAUAAAGGUGAAUCUAAAAAUAAAUCUGAGGCAAAUGAUGAGACGAAGAAACAUCAAAGACCGUUUGUCAUGCAGUUUUUUUCACCAAUUUUUAUAAAGGCGUUUUCUAUUACAUUCUUUGGUGAGUGGGGUGACAAGAGCCAGAUUGCUACUAUUGGCUUGGCUGCUGAUGAAAACCCAUUUGGUGUUGUCCUUGGAGGAAUCAUAGCGCAAGCACUCUGCACCACUGCGGCUGUUCUUGGAGGAAAGAGCCUAGCCUCACAGAUAUCUGAGAAGAUGGUUGAACUGUCAAGCGGCGUGCUAUUCCUGUUGUUCGGCAUCAUGUCCUUGCUUUCAGGACCAGAAGGAGAAUGGUAAUCUCCUGGAGAUCUUGUUCAGCAUGGCUGGUUAACAAGCUUUCUGUGGUUACACCUAUCUUAUUUGAGUAGAAGAAUGAUGGCGACGAAAGCCAGCCAUCCAUGGCGAACAGGAUGGCGCGAUUCGUUAGUUUAGCCAACACAUCUGUAAACAUUUCACUCGUCAUUCAUAAAAUAACUACAUGAUACGAAAUCUGUACUGAUUGCAUUCUGAUGUUCCCAUCUUCUGAAAAUCUUCAGUAGAAGCUGUCGGCAAUAUGAUUUACAAUGCCUAGUUACUCAAA